AUGUAUCGAUCAACCCACGCCGGUGCCACUGCUACGCUAUACACCUCGUCACUAAACUCGGUCAUCGAGACCUUCUCCAUCUGCCUGGUUCUCAGACAUCCUAUCCUGUUCAUCUUCGUCCAAACCACUACCGCGUCCGUCUUUUCUUCCUCCGACAUCUACGCAUUGGAUUCAGAUCCCGCCCCUCCUCGACCCAGUGUACCAGGACUGGCUGAUGGGGCCAUCGACCAAGGCACGGCUCUGAAACGACUUUCGCAAUGUCGCCGGACACGCACCACAGCCGCGUUGAGCAGUAUACAAAAUGUUUGGAUUGAAUUCCCCCAACAUGUCGGCUUCGAAGACAAGUCAUACUGCCCUUAUUCCCGACGGUGCCACGCCCUCCAUCACGUCCCUAUGUCCUACGAUGCCCACUAUGUCAUUACCCCUAGCCCAACCUUAUCCCUCCGCCGCGAGCGGAGAACUGCUGCCUCUUUCUACCACUGGCGCCGCCGCCAGCUAGCCCUGUCGCUUCUCAAGUCCGCUCAUGAUAGCCUAGUCAACGAAGAGACGGACGUCUGGCGACUUCGGCAGCGCUUUACCUGGCUCAUGUGGUACGACAUUAUCAAGGCCGUGCGGCCGGACGUGUCAGGGCGCCGGCUGGGGCGUAAGGUCAAGGAAGACGUCCGGGCCUUCGUCGCCACCGUGGAGUCGGACGAGAACCAGGCCGAGGUCAUCGUGGCGAACAUCUCGAGCUAG